GCCUCUAUCAGCAUUGGUGUAGGGGCCGCCGAGAGGAUGCGGGCGGCGUGCGGAGCCAUGGCCAAUUUCCACCUGGCUCUUAUUCAGCUUCAGGUAUCUGCUGUUAAGUCAGAUAACCUUCAAAGAGCCUGUGGACUGGUGAGAGAAGCAUCAGCUAAAGGAGCAAAAAUUGUGGCUCUACCUGAAUGCUUUAAUUCUCCAUAUGGAACUCAGUACUUUAAGGAGUAUGCAGAGAAGAUCCCUGGGGAAUCAACACAAAAGCUCUCAGAAGUUGCAAAGGAAUGCAGCAUAUAUCUCAUUGGAGGAUCCAUCCCAGAAGAGGAUGAUGGAAAGCUGUAUAAUACAUGUACUGUCUUUGGGCCUGAUGGUGCUAUGUUGGCAAAGCAUAGGAAGGUCCAUUUGUUUGACAUAAAUAUUCCUGGGAAAAUACAGUUCAAAGAGUCUGAAACACUGAGUCCAGGGAAUAGUUUAUCCAUGUUUGAUACUCCAUACUGUAAAGUGGGCCUGGGCAUCUGCUAUGAUAUCAGAUUUGCUGAGAUGGCUCAAAUCUACGGACAGAAAGGUUGCCAGCUGCUAAUAUAUCCAGGGGCUUUUAACCUGACAACAGGACCAGCUCACUGGGAACUGCUACAGAGAGGAAGAGCUGUUGAUAAUCAAGUCUACGUAGCUACUGUAUCACCUGCUAGAGAUGAAAAAGCAUCAUAUGUUGCCUGGGGACACAGCACUGUAGUAAAUCCAUGGGGUGAAGUCAUAGCCAAAGCUGGGGCUGAGGAAACAGUUCUAUACACAGAUAUAGAUCUGAAGAAACUCACAGAAGUACGUCAACAAAUUCCUAUUUUAAGCCAGAAACGUUGUGAUCUCUAUAGCAUAGAGAUGAAAAAGUGAAGCUGGGUAAAUAGGGAAGGUUCAGCUGGCAAAAUGGCUGCUGCCUAAUGCAAGUUAAAUUAAAAAAAAAAACAACAACAAACCAGAAGCAAAAAAAAAAUCAAACAGCUUGGUGGUUUGAGUCUAAAACUGAUAGUAUGAUUCUAAUAGAACCUUAAAAAAAUUAAGUAUGAGAGAGGAUAUAAUAGUAUUUUUACAGCCAAGAUAAAGAUGGGGGUGAAAUCAGUUCAACACAGUAGUAUCUAACAUUGCUUUUUUAUGGAUGACAAUGUUUCAGUUACUUUUGGGGGCUUUUUUUGUAGAACAUGGGUCAUUCUUCUCUCUGGAAAUCCUCUGAAGGCUGCUUUGGUACUUUGACUUUUUCAGUGACUUGUCAGAUGAUCUGGAAGCAUGAUGCUUCCAUCUGUCCUUUGUAGUUUUAUGUGCCUUAACAAGGUUCCUUGAAUGCCCAACUUCUAACUUGGAAAACUUAAAAUUUAACUGACUAAGCAGAAGAGACAAAAUUCUGCUCUGUACUAUUUAGGAACAAUUCAAGAAGCUGCCAAGGAGAAUUACUGCUACAGAAAAAUCUGUGAUAGAUUUUGGUUUGAGUGUCUUGCCUGGAAUCUUUGUAUUAAAUUAACUUUUGCUUAUUGCUGAAGUGAUGUGGGUUA